AUGUUUUGGUUGAAUGAUUAUGAAAUGAUGAUGCGACAAGUGAACGAUUUUGCUGGAAUGUUUGGAAUUGAGGUUGAUGACUCUUACCAAUCUGUUCCCGAGUUCUUGAAAACUUUCAUUGUAUGGAAUGAAACUAUCCGUUGGCAUCGCAAUGAUGAGUCAUUUGACGAUUUGCUCAAUCAUAUCAGGAUGCUUUUCAUUUUCAGUGGCAGGGUGAACGUGACAGCAUUUUAUUUCAUAACUGGUUAUUGCAAUACAACAUCUUGGUGGGAUCGUGCUGAAAUGAUGCUAACAUGGCGUGAAGCUGCGAGUCGUUGGAAACAGUUCAAUGUGACCAUCUAUUCGGAGAACUCGCCAGUUUUCGAGGGUAUUUUCGGCCUCAAAGGUACUACCGUCCAAACGGCAACCAUCACUUUGGUUUGUAUGCUCGCCGUUUGCAUUCUGUUCGUACCGUCUACUGCUGGGGUGCUUACGGCUGGCUGGGCGAUUUGUUCGAUUAGUCUUGGUGUGUUCGGAUUUUUGUCAUGGUGGGGUUUGGACCUCGAUCCGGUGACGAUGUCCGCAAUCGUUAUGUCGAUCGGUUUCUCGGUUGACUACACGGCACAUGUCUCGUAUCAUUAUCAGCGGGCACGUCAGUUGCUACCAAUAUCGAGUUCGAAAUGCGAUCGUUUGGUGCAUACACUUGAUUCAAUCGGAUGGCCAAUGAUACAAGCUGCAAUCUCGACACUGGUCUGCUUCUUGCCGGUGGCAUUCCAUCGCGACUACACACCGUCAGUGUUCGUUCGCACAAUAACGCUGGUAGUUGGAUGGGGUCUUCUGCAUGGACUCGUCCUGCUGCCCGCAAUUCUAGCAUUUAUACCAGAUUGUUUGUUCAGCAAACUGGAUCGAAAGUAUGUCGUC